AUGUGGCACAUUUUCAGAGCGAAGGGUCUCAUAUGGCCGGUGGCGCUGUGCUGGCUGGCGACACUGACCCAUGGCCAGCCGUCCCAGAGCGCGCCCUUGUACCGGCAGCCUCAGCCAGAGCGACCCCGAGCGUCGGAACGGCCGUCUCCUUACUUCUACCCGCCUGCUCCCGUGCAUUACGUGAACAUCGGCGAGAAGCUGGAUGGCGACUACAAGUUCGGCUACGACACCGGCAGCGGCCCCGCGGGCCAGAGCUACCGCGAGGAGUUCAGACUCCCUGAUGGAAGCGUGAAGGGCUCCUACGGCUACAUCGACUCCCGCGGUCACAUGCGGAAGGUGCACUACACGGCCGGCAAGAGCGGCUUCAUCAUCCUCAAGGACGAGCGCAUCGUGGACAAGAAGUCGUCGACAUCGGCUCCCAAAGCGCCGCUGGUUCAGUACCACGUGACCACGCCCCCCCGCCCCGAGUACACGACCGAGGAGCCCGAACCUGUCGUUCAGCAGACGGUUGCUCCAGUUCAGCAGGAGAGCAGACAACUGGAGCGCCAGUACGUUGCCGCUCCCGUGGUCUUGCAGAAGUCUGCCCAGGAGUUGCAGGCGGAGUACAACAGAAACCUUCUGGCGGCGUCGUCGACGGUUCCUCGGCAGCAGUACGCCUCCCCCGAGGGAGCUGAGCAGGGGGAGCCCCUGGACCAGCCUCCCAAGCCGGCCCCGAGGCCCCGGCAGCAGAGGAGGAGGUACGAGGAGCCUAUGGUCACAUACGGACCUCCAGUCGUGAACAAGUUGCUGUUGUCGUACAGCAUCGGUGUUCCGAGCUAG